AGCUGGCAGUACUUCUUAGGACUGCCUGCUAACCGAUUGGUUCGCUCUGCCACAUGACGCCCAGUAUAUGGCCCGCCCGUCAGCAUCUCCAAGGCAGAGACCGCCGCGGAGCUCAAACCCUCUAUCAACUAUGGAUAUGUAACUUAAGGCGAAACAAACUACCUCCAUAAGUUGUGUGCUUUUGUAUCACCGGUUAUUUGUUAGAGGUGCAGAUUUUGAAUAGGCUAUUUUAAGUGGUCACGGUAAGUAAAUUCAGUUCACUGUUUUUUCCUGCAAAAUGACCGCUGUUCUGGAUAGCCUUGGCUCGGAUAUGCAUACAAACCAUAUUACCUCGAGCAGCUUCAGUACCGUUCACAAGUCGCAGGAUUCCCCAACAUUGCCGGUGUCAACUGUGACCGACAGCAGCUUCUACAGUAGUUCACAGACAGGUCACUGCGCGGGGACAGCGUACGCACAACUGGCAUCUUAUUCCUAUCAUCCUGGUACAGUGGGUAAUGUUCACUACAGCCCAAAGGCGUACGAUUUGGGCUAUGCUUCAUCCUAUGGCGCUUAUGGAACGUAUGGACCCAGUUCUUCACCAACUCCAACCGAACCAGAGAAAGAAGAGAGUGAGCCAGAGGUGCGCAUGGUGAAUGGAAAGCCAAAGAAAAUCCGGAAACCGCGAACCAUCUACUCCAGUUUUCAGCUGGCGGCUCUCCAGCGCAGAUUCCAGAAGACCCAGUAUCUCGCGCUCCCAGAACGCGCUGAACUGGCGGCGUCUUUGGGCCUCACACAGACCCAGGUGAAGAUAUGGUUUCAGAACCGGCGCUCAAAAUUCAAAAAGUUGUGGAAAAACGGCGAGAUUCCGCCAGACCAGCAGGUCGCUGCCGGUGACUCUCCCUCUAGCACUCCUCCACCACAAGCAGGUUGGGAUUUCCCACCGAACCAGACACCGAACGACGGAGACACAGUUUCAGAGCAGCCCACCGGGCCACCAAACACCACCGCCCCAUCGUUUUUGACAAACUAUUCAUGGUACUCAUCCACGAAUACGGUCACACAUCUACAGCCCAGCACCUUAAUACAACCUCACCACAGCUCUGCCAUGAGUGCUGGGACCAUAUUCUAACAGAGGACUAAAAUGGCCGAAUACACCUGUUGUAGGAGGAUAUAGGCCUAUUCUGUCACUGGACUUAUAUCUUAGGAAAACAUUAACUCUAAAAUCUAUUUUCAGGCUGGGUUUGCUAAAGAUGUUUGCCGUGGAAAUUCUUUGGCGCCACUAACGCGCGCAAGCAACGCACAUUAAAUUAUUUUUCUAUUUAUUUAUUUGUUUUCGUUAUAGUCAAAAUGAAAGGGGUAAUCAGAUAUGUUUAUUUCACAUUCCAAGUACAAACGGGUAGCCUUUUUUCGUGUGUUGUACAGAAUAUAUUAGAUUUAGUGAUAAAUCUAUUAAAAUGCUUAUA